AUGCCUCGCACCUCGUUCUCGCUCGACGAGGACAACGACGUAGUGAAGGCCGUGCUGCGUUGUGACACGAAGGACCACCACUGGACCGACGAGAAGUUAGCAGUGAAGGUAUCGCUGAUGCUGGGACGGUCGGUCACGAAGGAUGAAGUGAACAGAGCGAUGGGUGGCCCGCGGGAGCGCGAGGUGCGAGUGGACCAGCGAGGCCGAUACGCGCGGAAGGUGUACUCGAAGGGCUGUGCCUACUUAAUAACAUGUGGUAAGACGCGUUUGAAGGGUCAGAACGACUACAGGAUCCCGCGCUUCCCGCAAGUCGAGGACCUCUGGCCGUCGGCUCCGCGCAGCAGAACGCCGCCGCCGCCCAAGUCCGAGAAGCGCAAAAAGGCGACGCCGCCGCGGCGCAGCGUCACGCAGGCGACGCCCGAUCGAAGCAAGAGCGCCCUGCGCGAGGAGCAGAAGGCCGGCGACCAGAACGCCGCGCCCUCGCCGGCGACGCCCGCGACGCCCGCGACGCCCGCGCCCGUGGACGCGACGCCCCACGGCGACGCGGCGCAACUACUACUGAGGCGGCUCGCGCCGCCCCCGCCGCCGACGCUAGAACGGCCGCCGCAGCUGGACGUGGAGAUGGACGACGCGCCGACGCGGCCCGCGACGCCGGCGCCGCCCUUCUCCGCGCGCGUCUCGGACAUGGUCGACGCCGCGGUUAAUUGGGGCGUGCCAGACGAGGACCUGGGGUUCUAUUUCGCUAGGAAACUCGCCGAAGCCGAGGACAAACUAGCCAAAGUGGAGGCCGACGCCGCCGCGUCCGCCGCCGCGGACGUGGCCGCGGCCGAGCGUCGCGAGAAGCGCACGGAGGACGACGAAAAACGGUUCCACGCGCGCCUCGCCGACGCUGCGGCGUUGUACCGGAAGAAGGCCGCGUUCAAGCUCAAAGACGCCUUCGAAGGGGUGCUAGACGCACGCGGUAGAUUGAAAGAAAUCACGCUGGAAGACCUGUGGAAACCUCUGGUGGACCCCUACGGUGACAAGAGGGCCGGGUCGGAGUUCUACGCGGAGACGCUGUUGCUCCUCGUGCAGACGCCGGACGCGCAGCGCAAAACGAAGAACGCCAGGGACGCGUACGCGAGAGAGGAGGGUUAUCGGACGGACUACGAGAAGGCCGCGCCGGGCAUGGGCGGCUACCGGGACAAGGACGGCGGCCCCGUGUAUAAGCGGCCGAAGAAACGGGGCGCCGAUUUAGCUGCGUGGAUCGACGCCCGCGACUCCAAGGCCAAGUGCCGCGCGCUCGCGAUGGCGGCGAUCAACGCGACGGCGACCACCGGCGGCCUGCGCGGCACGAUCAUGGGCGUGUUGGUGUCGCUGGCGGUGUCGUGGCACGGCAACGUCACGCAGGCCGGACAGGAGACCAUGUCGGGCCUCGCCUUCUCCUCGUCGCGGGCAGUAGUCCAAAAGUACGUGGGCGUGAUCGCGAAGCGGUACGAAGAAACGUACUUGCGGGCGCUCUACGCCGACGCCGUGAAGCUGCGCGCCGUCAGCGUGAAGGUCCAGCAGGACAACUUCGCUUUUCUACAGUGGGCGGCCCACAAACGGCAGGGCGAGGCCUUCACGAAUUGCGCGAGCACGAUAUCUGCGUUGGCUUAUUUGAUUCCGUCUGAUCAGCGGCCGGGUCAUAAUCCGCUGACGGGCGCCAGGCGCGCGGCGGCGAUGCCUCCGAAGUUCGAUGCGGCGCUGGUGGCGCGCUUUUACGAGGAGCACAAGGCGGCGCUCACGGCCGAUGCUCGCGGGCACAUCGACGUCGACGCGCUCGCCGACAAGUGGGCGCCGCGCGGGCUCUUCCCCCGCGAGCCGGGGCCGUGCGCGCGGCUCGGGGACUUCGCCGUCCUCCCGUCGCAAGUCGCCAAGUCCAGCAGCCUCGCGGACUUUAGAAGCAAAGUGGUGCCGUUGAUGACAAGAGUUAUGAACGCGUGCAAGUUCGGGAACGCGGCGGUGCCCCACGUUGUUCAAGACGUCUUCCUCACCGUCGACCCGGAGCCCUACCUGCUCGCGGACAAGGCGGCGAAGCUGGACUACGAGGCCGUCCGGCACGUGUUCGUGACGCUGACGCCGUUCCACUUGCAGAAGCACGGCCUCGAGUUCCUCUUUACCGAUCCGGAGGACUUCCUCAUUUUUGGCGAGUUCCUGGCCAAUUUCAUGGACUACCGCAAGGAUCACAUAGCAAAGUUCCUGAACAAGGGCUCGAGCGCCGUGCCGCGCGCGGCGCGGGCCGAGGCGACGCAAGCAGCUGGCGACGACUCCGACGACGAGCCGGACGAGUUCGAGCAGGCCGUCGAGGCCUUGGAUGAUUUAGAUGUUCGAGAGGAGCGCGAGGACGGCGGGCCGGGUCUCGCGCGGCGCGCGCUGGACACGAUGCUCGGCUUCGUGUCGCGCCUCCUGCCGGGCGCCGCCGCGCGGCCUGCUGCUGAAGUCGCCCUGCCCGAGGAGUCUGGCGCGGACGUCCGCGAGGAGCUCGCCGCCGACCUCGCCGCGGCGGACGACGAGGGUUUCGACGACGCCGUAGCAGCGGCGGACGCGCGACCGGCGGCGACCGAGGCGCCCGCGCCCGCCGCGGAGGCGCCGGCGCCGGCCGCGCCCGCCCGCUCGCCGUUGGGCGGGCGGGCGGGCGCUGAGAGAGCCGGAAAAAAGAUCAACUUCGGGCGCCUCCGCCAUUUCAAGCAGACCCUGCACGCCGCUUUCCGCAGCAUCAGAGCGGACCUGGUCAAAAAGGUGCGAGAGAUGGCGGGCUCGAACGCCACGACCGACGAGGAAGCCAUCGACUGGGCCUGCCGCACGUCGGAGCGAUUUUUGUACUUGUGGAACUUGUUCGACAACGAAUUGGAAAUGUGGAUGCAGCCCUUUUUGGACUGGGACCACGGCGACGCGCGGACGGUGUACGCGAACCUUCCGGUUAUGAUCCUGCACAUGAUUUAUUACACAUACCAGCCGCGGUGGCGCAACAACCGGCUCGCGUCGUGGCUGCUCUCGCACUUGAACGCGACGCUCUACCGGAUCAAGGAGCGGCCCGAUCUCGUGCGAGUCGACGCGCGCACGUGCAAGCACGGCAACGACGUCUUCAUCGAGCACCUGAACUCGGUCUUGUCGCGGUCUAUUCCUUCGAACACGAAGAUCACGCCGGAGACGAUCAAGACCGCGUCGUGCUCGGUGAGCGCGCGGUGGCGCCUCGCCGACGUGAUGAAGCGCAUGCUCCGCCGGAAGCGCAAGCCGGCCACGCCCGAACUCCUCCAGGACGAGCGACGCAUCCGCAGCCCGUCCUUCAAGGACACGCUCGACGCGGGCAAGCGCUUCAUCUGGGAGAAGUUCGAAGACGAGCUGAAGAAGAUCGCCGACGGCUGCCCGACGCCGUGCGCCGCCGCCAAGCGCAACAAGGCCGCCAUCGGGUUGCAGUGGGUGCGGCCCUUCGCGGAGCACUACGACGUGCGCCUCGGCCGCGCGAAGGAGCCCACGACGAAGACGUCCGAGGAGGUGCGCGCCGAGGAGCUGUCCGUCGAGGCGGCCGUCGCCAAGUACAAGAAGGAGUACACGCUCAAGAAGGUGAUGGGCUUGAGCGCGAGCGCGGCCGACGCGGCGCUGAAAGCGAUGAAGGUCCCGGGGCGCGGCUCCAAAGUGAAGGAGGGGAAGCGCAAGGGCAAGAACCUCAACCGGGACGACAAGCGCGCGCUGCUCGCGGAGUUCCUGGGGCUCGCGCCGGCGCCGGCGCCGGCACCGGCUUAG